CACCUCCAACUCCCGCACCGCUCGCCAGCGGCAUCGACGACUCUCGCAAGAUGUCGUCCUCGGCGCAGCGGGCGCUCGAGUACCUUGAGCAACUGCCCGGAACGACCUUCACCAAGCUGUAUCAACAGCCAUCGACUGCCUUGGCCAUCUUCCGCCGCAUGCUGCCGCACCUGGCGAAGACGAUUGUCAUGGCCAUGCUCUACCUCCCACACCCGUUCGCUGCAUCAGAUCUGGACGCAUGGGUCAAGCCGGACCAUCAGAGCACACAGGUCAAGGAACGUGCGCUCAGCAUAUUGCAACGACUGAAGAUUCUGUACGAGGAGCAGCACAAUGGCCGACAGGCGUUUCGCCUCAGUCCUGCGUUUGGCAAGAGUCUGCGCAUGGCUCUGACAGGUGGCGGCAAGCACAAUAGUUUUGGUGUGCCUUGUUCAGAACCAGACAAGACGCCCGUGACCGCCGAGUACCUGGACACGUUCGCUCGGAAGCAAUGGGAGGCCAUCCUUUACUACGUGGUUGGAAGUGCAUCUGCAGGGCUGGGCGCAGGGAUUGAGAUCUCGACAGGCACGAGGACUCUGCUUGAGAAGGGCAGAUUCGUCGUGGUCAAAGGACGGAGCAGGGCCAUAACGCAGGACGGCUUCACAUUCCUGCUGCAAGACGUCAAUGCCCAAAUUUGGUCACUGCUGAUCGUGUAUCUGGAAGUCUCAGCUGACCUUCACAUGGACUCUGUUGACGUCCUGUCCUUCCUCUUCACGCUCGGCUCUCUGGAGCUGGGCAUCAGCUAUUCGACAUCGAAUCUGACCCCAACUCAGCUCCAGAUGCUGGAGGACCUCACAGACUUUGGUCUAGUCUAUCGCCGUUCUCCCAACUCCGAUCGCUACUAUCCGACACGCUUGGCUACAACACUCACGUCUGACGCGCCAGCACUACCCAACAACAGUUUCACAACGACAACCUCCGACCCCAACGAUCCUGCAUCGUCCGCUUCCGAAAAAGGUUACAUAAUCCUCGAAACCAACUACAGACUCUACGCCUACACCUCCUCGCCCUUACCAAUCUCCAUCCUCUCCCUCUUUGCCAACCUCCACACCCGCUACCCGAACCUCGUCACAGCGAAGAUCACCAAACCUUCGAUCCAGACCGCCAUCGCGAGCGGCAUCACCAGCGACCAGAUCAUCUCCUACCUACAAACCCACGCGCAUCCGAUCUUGCGUCGCCAGGCAGCUAUGCACUCAGCUCCUAUUCUUCCACCCACUGUGGUAGAUCAAAUCCGUCUAUGGCAAAUUGAAGGCGAAAGAAUGAAGAGCACUAAGGGUUUCUUGAUUCGAGAAGUCGGCACAGAUGACGACUACAUGAAAGCAGUGCAGUAUGCAGAAGCUUUGGGCAUCCUCGUCAAGGAGUUCCCGCAUAAGAAGUCAUUCUUUGUGACCAGAAUGGAGCAGAUGAGCACGUACUUUAAGAGUCAGGCCGCGAGGAAGAGAGAGGCGAAAGAAGCUGCCGCUGCGAGCAGAUCGUGAAGCGUUCUGGGACGAGUUCAAUACGAGGUAAUGCAUAGCGGGGCGCUUUUGGAGCAUUUGGUUCGACGGGCAUGGCACGCUCUGCUUCAAAGAUUGGCAUUCGGGUGGGUAAAUUGGAGUCUGAGAAGGAGCAUUUGGCAUAAUGCAUCAAUAUUUUCGUGAGUAUGACAAAGUGUACCAACAUCGUGAUCUGCUUUCAAUCUGCGAAAUAUCAGUUCAGCAGCAUUUCGCGCGCAUUAA